UGAACAUUUUAAAAAUUUCUCCGACCCCCUUUCAAAGAGUUACCUUGGAUAGCAUACCCUGGGCUGAUGUUGAUCGGCUUUGGUGGUGUAACCAUGAUCAUCACCUGCAUGCAAGUGGCCAACCUGUUCCCGCUGGGAGGAUCUGUGGUCAUUGGCUUUCUCAAUGGAGGAUUUGACACGUCGUCAGGCGUUCAGCUGAUGGUCAAGUUUGGAUACGAGAAUGGAAUCAGCAGGCGGACGUCUUACGUCAUCAUCGCCUGCUGUCAGGUGUUCACACUCAUCUCCAGUUUGUUCUUUUAUCCGAAGGAUUUUAUCCGCAAAAAUACCCAGGACCCCGUGAUUGGUGAGUGA